UGGGGGAAGGAAAUAAGGCAGGGACGGGGAGAAUCAGUGGGAGUUCGCUGUGUAAUGGCGGCCUCGGUGUUGCUCUCUGCGGAAAGCACCGUGCCUGGAUUCGCUGUCGGUGGGAGCGCCGGUGCGUCAGCGACCACCGGGAACGGAUUAACCGUGCCAGGACCCGCGAGCUGGAACCGAUCCCUGGACCGGGCGUUCGAGGAAGCCGCGGCCACCGGCUGCCUGAACCUGAGCGGCAGGAAGCUGAAGGAGUUCCCGAGGAGCUCCGCUAAUCACGACCUCACCGACACGACCCGGGCCGACCUGUCGCGUAACAGACUGCCCGAGCUGCCGGUGGAGGUGUGUAUGUUCGUGUCGUUGGAGAAUCUGAACCUGUACCAGAACUGCCUGCGCUCUCUACCUGAGAGUCUGAUCAACCUGCAGGCCCUCACCUACCUGAACAUCAGUCGUAACCAGGUGUCCACUCUGCCUGCUCACCUGUGCAGUCUGCCGCUCAAGGUGCUCAUCGCCUGCAACAACAAGCUCGUGUCCCUGCCUGAAGAGCUCGGCCAGCUCCGACAGCUCACUGAACUGGAUGUGAGCUGUAAUGAGAUUCAGACGUUACCUGCGCAGGUCGGCCAACUCGAAGCUCUGCGAGACCUGAACAUUCGCCGAAACCACCUGGUUCGCCUGCCUCCUGAACUGGCGGAGCUUCCUCUGGUGCGCUUGGAUUUCUCCUGUAACAAGGUGACGUCCAUCCCGGUGUGUUACCGCAACCUCCGACACCUGCAGAGCAUCGUGCUGGACAACAACCCGCUCCAGAGCCCACCUGCGCAGAUCUGCAUCAAGGGGAAGAUCCACAUAUUUAAGUAUUUGAACGUAGAGGCGUGUAAAAUAGCUCCAGAUCUCUCGGAUUACGACAGGAGGCCACUGGGCUUUGGGUCCUGUGUGGAGGAGCUUUAUCCUGGCCGGCCGUACGGAGCUCUGGACUCUGGGUUUAACAGCGUGGACAGUGGAGACAAGCGCUGGUCAGGCAAUGAACCCUCGGACGAGCUGUCAGACCUGCCGUUACGAGUAGCGGAGUUAACCAGAGAGCAGAGACAUCGGCGAGAGCGAGAGCGAGACGAGCACAAGACGGGAUCGCUGUUGGCUAACGGAAUACUGGAGGCAGAGCUCGACCAGAUCGACUUUAUUGACAGCUGCACAGGGGAGGAAGAAGAGGAAGAUGGGCGGAGCCGAGGACGAGAACCAGUCAGCCUCAGCUCUCAGUUUAUGGCCUACAUCGAGAGACGAAUCACCCGAGAGGGCUCACCGGUGAAAGCAUGUUCCUCCAGAGAUGCAAGAAAUGACGAUUCAAGACGCUACGGCUCUUUACACAACCGUGUAUCGGAUACAGCGGGCACGUUGUCAUCUCCGUCUCAUAGCCAGCGGGCGGGGUCAGGCGCCGGUGUGGAACGCAUGCGGCGAGAGGCUCAGCUCGCUGCUCAGAGGUACGAAGAGGAGAGGCAGCGAGCGCGAGGUGUUCAGAGAGAACCCGUGAGGAGUUACGUCAAGCAGAAGUCAGCUCAGAGUCCGCCUAAGCUCAGUCCCACAGACAGCGAGAACCUGUACCCUUCCAGACGCUCUACUCAUACAGAUGACUCCGCCCUCUUUAUGAGUGAGUCCGAGCCCUUAAUGGCGUUUGAAAUAGACAUAAACACCAACACUAUAAAGAAGAGGCCGAGUCCUCAGAAGCAGCAAGGAGAAGAUCGCGCCUCGCUGUCCCCGACUGCGCUCCAGUCGCCCUCUUACCCCGGCCCCGCUGCGCCGACCUCCUGCCGCGGAGCCGCGUCGCGCCCCGAGAGCUUCCUGUACCGCCUCGGUCAGCGAGAGGAGAAGAAACGAGGAGACUCGAGAGCUGGGAGGUCCGAGCCGGAUCACGCGACUCCUACACCAUCACCAGCUCCAGGACUCACAGGAGAAGAAGCUGAACUGGUGGAACAGCUCAGAAAGAACAUCGAGUCUCGGCUGAAAGUUUCGUUGCCUAGCGACCUGGGGGCGGCGCUGACGGACGGGGUGGUGCUGUGCCAUCUGGCCAAUCACGUGCGGCCUCGCUCAGUACCCAGCAUUCACGUGCCCUCGCCUGCGGUGCCCAAACUGACUAUGGCUAAAUGUCGACGGAACGUGGAGAACUUCCUGGAGGCGUGUCGUAAAAUCGGCGUCCCUCAGGGAAGCCUGUGUUCAGUUGGCGAGGUGUUGGAGGGCAAAGCGCUGUGUUUAUACAGACUGAUCGACGCUUUGCUCUCGCUAGCGCCCCCUAUGCGUCCGUCGCCUCCGUGCCAGCUGGCCGGUUUCGCGCUGUUCUACCUGUCCUUCAUGUCUCUGUUAUGUGCUCUCUACUGCCACCUGGUGCCGUGUUUUUAAUCAGCACUCGUACACUUACAGUGUGUCUUCUGCACUGAAACUAGAACAAAAGCGUUUAACGUUCGCACUAAUAAACCAGACAAUCAUCAUCAUCAUCAUCAUCUUCCUACGAAAUCCCUAGAGGUUUACUCUUAAAUUCAGAGGAUGAUCUUCAGCGUAAUUAACUAAUGAUCGAAUACCACAUGGUCAGAUUGUAAAGCACAACAGCUCAUUGGAUGAUGGAUUAAUAACAGACAGCACGAGGAAACGUUUUCAAUUUUUGUCUGAGUCCUCUCUCAAGAACUGUUUUUUGUUUUUAUUGUUUGGUUUUUACCAUCGUGUUAGUUAAUUUGUUCCUUCAAACAAGAUUGAAUUUUUUUUCUUCACUAAUAAUAAUAAUAAUAAUAAACACACACCAGGUGUUUGUCAUUUCGGAAAAAAUGCUCCAAUACCAACAUCACUCGCUCAGAAGUUUAGUUCCUACCUGCAGUUAGUUCCCAUUUACUGACUGAUGGAAGAAAACUUAUAACUGUGGUUUCGUCUUACCCUGCUGUAUACGAACUCUCAUGAAAUGUGUGUAGAGACAUUACAAAGAAAAAUAAAAACCAAGCUUGGAAGGAAGUAGCAGAGAUCUUUGGUUCCUUCGAUGAAUGUACGUAGCUUGUGCAGUUAGCUCGCUUUGGUCGUUUAAUCUGAGAACGUCGCUGUGUAAAUGAAACAAGCAAUUUUUACACCGAUUAGUGAAUUAUUUAAUUUCUAUUUAACCUGUUAGCUUUAGAAGCUUUAUAUAGCUACUAGUAUUUCUCAUGACAAGCCACGCCCACAAGAGACAAACUUCGAGCAGCUUGUCAGUGGUUAGUGUGAACGUAGGAAAUGGGGUUCAAACUGAAGCUCCAUUUAAAUAAUGUACUCGUGAAUAAUACGAAUAGACUGCGUACAAUUUUGUGUUUGUUUAUGAUUGUUUUUGAUAGCUGAUGGAAUAAAAAAAAAAUAAAAACAGUUUUUGUUUGUAGACUCAGACAUUUGGAUACUAUUUGUAUCAGGAAUUUUCCCAAAUGCUGACUCGGAAAACAUCUCACUGCUUAAAGGAAGUAGCCAUACGUUUAUUAAGCCGAUAAGUGCCCCUGUUCAAAUCCAAACAUUUUACAAUCUCUCCUUCCAAAGAGUGGAUUUGUUGAACUCUUUACUGAGAAACGCUGCUGUUAUUUCCGAGCUUCUUAUCGGCUGCUUUUAGUGGUGCGCAUUUCUAAGCAUACAGUAACGAUUGUUUUUAAUCUGCAAUAAUGUAUUCUGGGUUUCAGGGUUGAGAAAUUCAGGCCUUUUUGUUCUGUUGAUAAAAAGGACUGUUGAAAUAGCGUAUCUGUAACUUUGUAAGUUAGAUAGAUAGCUAGAACAUAGCUUUGGAAAUGAAUGUUAGGGUUUUUGUGUGUGUGAGAUGAUCUAAGACCAGUAUGAGAGGUUUGAUAGUUUAAACCAGUGUUUUUCAAAUAGAAGGUAUUUCCAGAUACUACUGAGCAGAAAAGACUUUUAAGGGGAAAAGGGUAAUAAUUAAUACUGUUUUUUUUUCCCCUAGAUAUUAUUUUAAUGUAAUAAUUAGAACUACGAAUUCCAUUCCAAAGGUCUAGUAAAUAUAUGACGAGCGUGCCGCUCCACUGGCAUUGCACCUGACCUUUAACCCUUAUCUUGUUGGUGGUGAGCCCACAAGAUGGCUCCACAUUGCCGUUUGGGCUGAGAUUGACUGCGCAGUCACCAGUCACUCACCUGCGGACACUACCUCCAGGCCUGGCUCCACCCUUUAUCAUGGUGAUGAGCCUACAAGAUGGGGCCUCGUUGACAUUUCGGGCUGAGCUAGACCCGCUCGCCUGCAGAUACUACCCUCAGGUCUGGCUCCAUCCUUCAUCUUGCAGGUGGUUGGGCCCACAUGAUGGCUCCAUGACUCCAUUUUGGGUUAAGCUCGACUCAGUUACCAGUCACCAGACACUUGUCUGUGGACACCAUCCCCUGGUCUGGCUCCACCCUUUGUCAUGCAGGUGAUGAGCCUACAAGAUGGGGCCACGUUGGCAUUUCGGGCUGAGCUUGACCCGAUUACAGGAGUGGCCCAGUCACCAUACUCUCGCCUGCAGACACUACCCUCAGGUCUCGCUCCACCCUUCACCUUGCAGUUGGUUGAGCCCACAUGAUCACUCCAUGACUCCAUUUUGGGUUGAGUUCAACCCGAUUACAAGAUUGGCCCAGUCACCAGAAGCUGACCUGCAGACUCUACCCCCCAGGCCUGGCUCCACCCUUCAUCUUGCAGGUAGUGAGCCAACAAGAUGGUCCAUGUAAUCAUUUCAGGCUGAGCUCGCCUGGGUUACGUGAGUGACCCGGUCUCACCACCCCCAGGUUUUGCUCCAAUGGUGGGUUCCUUUAAACCUUAUUCCAUGCAGGGUACAUCUAGUCUGUUUUGUAGCUUUUAUAGCGGUCAUCACUCCUUGCCUGAUUUCUCCUCUUAGAUCUGCAAGGGCGGCCCUACUGGGAGCAUUAAGCUCCCGGUGACGUAGCCCUGAGGUUCACUGAAGGACACCCCUCUAACUGUUGCAGCAUUACAGUCACUUCACCGAUCCGUAGCGGUGAAGCAGGAACUCGGUUUGUAGAUGAAGCGCACUGUUUAUCGGUCAUUCUACGUGUUUAUAAGUUCUCAAGUACAGGUUGUGGAAAUGAGGUUCCUCUACAUGCUCUCUGUGAUACGGUGAGUAGUUUGAUGACCUGGAAGAGCCUCUGAGUAGUGUUGCUGCUUCUUGCUUUGAUUCCUUGCUUACAAGGAUGCCUCCUGGUUGGAGAUGGUUCAGGCACGUAGCAAUGGACUGAGACUCCGGGGCAGACCCAGGACCCACUGGAGAUGGUAUGUAGGGAUAGAGAAAGUCUGAUCUAAACUUCUCAGCUGGUUUCCAUCAUGACUUCCACCAUCUAUUUAUAUAUUAUACAUAUUGCAAUCUGCAGUGUAUGUAGCUGUGCAGUGAAUGCUCUUCAUACAGGAACUAUGGUCUUUCCCUUACAGAUAUCUUCCUAGUGUUUCUAGUGCAGUAAAGGGAUACUUGACUUAAAAGAUCAUUGAAAGGGGUCUACAGCCAAAAAAAAAGUUUGGAAACCACUGGUUUAAACACCUUCAGUCAGUAUUUGUGUGUGUGGGUUAUACACGCUGAUGCCUAAUGUUCUGAUAAUCCUUUAAGUUUAUGACUCUUCCAAAACUUUUUACAAUAAAAUUGAAUCCUUGUCCUUCACUGUUUCUGGCUCUUUUGCUGCUACUUACUCCAGUGUUAUUCAUCCUAAUCUCUAUCCACCAAUUCUGACGACAAUUUAGUCACUUCAACCUGGUCACUUUUAAACUCCGUCAAGCAAUAAACAUUUAAAAUACACAAAUUUAAAGCACAGAUUCAAACCUGCAGCUAUUAGAUGUGAGAGAAAGUCGUACCAGAUCUAGAAAUCUUCUCCUUUUGUUGUAGCGUUCAGGAGUGUUUUAGGGAUGUGGAUUUGUAAAGAACUCUAAAAAAUGAGAGUUGUGUUUGUGGUAAUUUUGGCAUAAACGCAAUUUUUUUCUUCUUAAAAAAGUCGUACCUGUCGUGAUGUCACGUUAUAAACAAAGUGACUCCCACAGUUAACAGUUUUUAGGAGUAUGAGGUCAGGAUUUAACUUUAUCCUUCUAUCUGUCUAUCUAUUGGACAUUCCUUUAGUAUUAAUACAGACUUACGAACCUUCCGGGAUUUUGCGUAGGAUCUCCGCAUUUUAUCGUUAAAGUACGAUACUCCAACAUAUGCCAAAAGCGCUAAAUAAAAACCUCAAACGAAAUAAUUCGAAUCAUAUGAAUCCAGUUGCGUAGGUGAUUUUUACUAAUCGAAAUUAAUUGAUCCCCCUCGAAGCCCCGCCCCCUUCUGAGAUUUCACGUUAGUAACGUUUCAGUCUCGAUUCAUUUAGAUUUUUAUGCGAGAAAAAAAACGCAAUAACGUGGCGUCUUUGCUUUCUGUCAUGGUAAAUUGAGUAUGUUUUGAGUUUAUUAAUGAGAAAUAAAAUUGAUCAAUAUACUGUAUGUUCUUUUGGUAGUACGUUCCAUAAAAUUAUUAGUUUAUUUAUUUAUAUUUAUUAGCGAUGUGACUGAAAUAAUCUCGGGAGGAAAACAAUCGAAAACAGCAUUUCUGCUUUUCGUGUUUAGGUUUAUUGACGGAGUUUAACAGCUGCUUUUAGACUUCGGUUCUAGUUGAGUUCGGAGUGAACGCGGAAAUUCAUAUUUGUGAUGAAAUAUCUCUCUCACACACACACACACACACACACACACACACACACACACUGCAGAUACAGUGGAGAGAGGUUAGGUUUAAAAACACUGGAGAGUUCUCUCUUUUCUGAUUGGCCUCUCUUCUAUUCCGCUUUUACUCUUCUGCGUUUUCCCCACAGUCAUGGCUUUGUUUUUUUUUUUUUCCCCUCAUUCCUCUCUCACUCCAUUAUUAAUUUUACACAGUUUUAUUUUUAAGUUUGACAUGUUUUCUUUUUUUUUAUUUAAUUAUAUCAUUGUUUUUUUUAUGUUUGUACGGUUUUUCAUUAUUUCGUUACCAUUGACACGCCCCUUUUUUCUUUUUUAUUUUGUUUUGUUCCCAAACCCCAUCUCCCUUUCUCUCUCUCUCUCUCUCUCUCUCUCUCUCUCUCUCUCUCUCUCUCUCUCUCUCUCUGGCUCUUUCUUUGUCUAUCUUUCUUUCUGUCUCUCUAUCUUAUCUCUCCCUCUCUUCUCUCUCUCUUUGUCUCUGUUUCUUUCUGUCUUUCUUUUUCUCUCUCGCUUUCUUUUUCCUUGUCUAUCUCUCUCUCUUUCUGUGCGCCUCUCGUUGUCUCUCUCCUCUCUUUUGUUUCUCCUUUUCUUUCUCCUUAUUUCUGUCUCUCUAUCUGUCUCUUUGUGUAUCUGUCUCUCUUUCUAUCUGCCUCUAUCUGUCUCUCUUUAUUUCUGUCUUUAUCGCUCUCUUUGUGUAUGUCUAUCAUUCUCUCUAUUUUUGGUAUCUCCCUCUCUGUCUAUCUCUAUCUGUGUCUCUAUUGCCCUCCCUGUCUGUCUCUCUCUCUCUCUCUCCAUCUCCCUCUCCAUUUCCCUCUCUAUCUCCCUCUCCAUCUCUCUCUGUCCAUCUCUCUCUCUCUCCCCCCCCUUUCUAUCGCUCUCUCCCUCUCUUUCUCCCUCUCUCUCCCCCUCUCUCUCUCCAUCUCUCUUUCCCCCUUUCCAUCUCCCUCUCCCUCUCUCUCUCUCUCGCUCUCUCUCUCUCUGUGUGUGUGUGUGUGUGUGUGUGUGUGUGUGUGUGCU